UUCCAUUACUGGGUGAAUGAGGGUACCUGUGAUUGGUUAAUCCUACCCAGAGUUAUGCAUGUUAAUUGUGUGCUUAUCACCAUAUAUAAAAAGACGUGCGAUAGGGGCACAACCGUUGUGCCCACACAACGCAGAGACCAGGGGACAGGUAGCCCAAGUGAAAGAGGACAGCUUUUAAAUUAAUUUGGGAAAACUGACAAUUUGGUAAGAUUUUCUGCAAACUAGUAGCUCCCAGUCAAGACCUAUACAAUGGCUACUCUGAAGGAAAAGAGAACCUGUGGCCAAAGGUGUGAAGACUUUGGCCAUUUUGUUUGGAAUUCCGAUGAAGGGAAAUUUAUGGGAAGAACACCAAUAAGAUGGCUGUACAUCAGCCUGUAUUAUGUAGCAUUCUACGUGGUGAUGACAGCCUUGUUUUCCCUGGCCAUCUACGUACUCAUGUACACACUGGACCCGUAUAAACCAGAUUACCAGGAUCGAUUAAAAUCGCCAGGUGUAAUGGUUUGGCCGGACACGUAUGAUGAUGAAGAGCUAGAGAUCACCUACAACAUGUCUGAUAAGAAUAACUGGAUGACAAAGUCUAAAAUACUUCAGGACUUCCUCGAACCAUACAACGAUACGAUACAGGCACAGUGCAAUCAUUACAACUGUACUUCUGGAAAGUACUUCAUCCAACACGCGUUCGACGCUCCAAAACAUACAAAGUGGUCCUGUCCUUUCUACCAAAGCAUGCUGGGUAACUGUUCCGGCAUUGACGACCCCACAUUUGGUUACAACACAGCCCAGCCAUGUGUAAUCAUCAAGAUGAACAGGAUCAUCAAUUUCCUGCCGAACAACGGAACAGGAAGCGCGCCAUAUGUGAACUGCACUGCGCUAGUGAGUGUGGACCAUAUUAGUCGAUGGAUGUCAAACACUGAUAUGACCGAUAAGCCUAAUCUGAAGCGUGUCUGUUUACAGGAAGGUCAAGAUAAUGUUCGUGGCUAUACGUACUACCCCGCUAAUGGAACUCUCGACCUCUCGUACUUUCCAUACUAUGGCAAGCUGGCCCAGCCAACCUACAUGAACCCGCUGGUGGCUGUGAAACUUGAUCUCGUUAACCAGAGGCAUGCUGUGAUCCAGUGCAGGGUAAUGGCCAACAACAUCGCUCAUCAGAACUACUACGAUCCCUACGAAGGAAAAGUGAUCUUUCAUUUAACUGCUUUGAGUUAGCCAUGUUCGUUCAAAGAUUGUGCCUUGUUUUUUCAAUUUUAUUUUCCAUGUCAUUCCAGUAUGAAUCAAUAACACAAAAAAACUUUGCUUUGCAAAUC